ACAUAUUUGUAAAUCAAUAUCAAGAACAAAGAUAACAUAUUUCCAUACACGAAUCUCAACACAAGCAAUGGCCACUUUUACUCACAUUGUUCUUCUUGUCAUAUCGGUUGUGGUGCUACUUCCGUCGACCACUAUGGCCGCCGAAUAUGUGGUGGGAGAUGAUAGUGGUUGGACCAUAAAUUAUGACUACCAAGUGUGGGCUAAAGACAAAGUUUUCUAUGUUGGCGACAAACUAGUGUUCAAGUACCCUGUCAAUGUACACAAUGUGUACAAAGUGAAUGCUAGUUCCUUUGUUACUUGCACUGUUCCGCCACCUAGCGCGGCCCUUACAUCUGGAAAUGAUGUUGUGACCUUGGUGACACCAGGCAAGAAGUGGUACAUUUGUGGUGUGGAAGAACAUUGUGCUGACUUUAACCAAAAGUUGGUCAUCGAUGUCCAACAAGGAUCAAUGGCUCCGGCACCCGCACCAAGUAGUGCAACCAAAUUCGGGGCUAAGACUUUCAUGGCCACGAUCAUCUUUGGUUUUGCAAUGAUAGUCAUGGUUUGA